AUGGAGGGGACCACGCCCACGCCCGCCCGCUGGGGGGCCCGUCACACCACGAGAAUCCCGCCCAACGUUCACGCGGCCCAUGCCUACCGAGAGCCCGGAGCGGCGCAGGGCACCAACCGCGUCCAUCCCGUCCACGGGCGGACGUGGACGCGGCUCGAGAGGCAGGAAGCCCGGCCGAGACGCGGAGGCUACGCGGUGGCAGGGUGGAAGCGGGGCUCACCUCUCCUCCGCGGCGCGGGAGCGUGA